CUUUGAGGGGGAGCCUGGACCACGCCUCUACACGGGGUGCGACCAGCCAAAAGUCAAUCUAAAUUGUUAAAUGACGAUUGACGAAAAAGACCAACCGCUUUUGCUUUGCUUCUUGUACUCGUUUCUGACACAAGUUCUGUGCAGUGGCACCGGCUACAUCGGUUCCUUCACAUCUCUUGCGCUGCUCCAGAAUGGCUAUGAAGUCGUCAUUGUAGAUAACCUCUACAACUCGUCAGAAGUCGCCCUUGACCGCAUUGAGCUCAUCUGCGGCAAGCGACCCAAGUUCCACAAGGCCGACCUCACGGAUGAAGUAGAGCUCGACAAGGUCUUCGCGCAGAACCCCGCCAUUGACAGCGUCAUUCACUUUGCUGCCCUCAAGGCUGUGGGUGAAUCUAGCGAGAUCCCUCUCGAGUACUACCGCGUCAAUGUCAGCGGCACCGUCAGCCUCCUUCGCUCCAUGGAGAAGCACAAUGUCACAAAUAUUGUCUUCUCGUCGUCUGCGACUGUAUACGGUGAUGCCACCCGCUUCGAGAACAUGAUCCCUAUCCCCGAGCACUGCCCAAUCGGCCCUACCAACACCUACGGCCGAACCAAGAGCUUUGUCGAGCAGAUCAUCGAGGACUUCAUCACAGCCCAGCGACAGAACGCCCAGAAGGCCGGCAAGCCCUUUGAGCAGUGGAACGGUGCCAACCUGCGAUACUUCAACCCAUGCGGUGCUCACCCUACCGGUAUCAUGGGCGAGGACCCUCAGGGUGUGCCUUACAACUUGCUGCCCCUGCUGGGCAAGGUUGCAACCGGAGACAGGCCCAAGCUCCUGGUGUUUGGUGAUGAUUACGCCUCAAAAGAUGGUACCGCCAUCCGAGACUAUAUCCACGUCGUCGAUCUUGCCAGAGGUCACUUGGUCGCUCUGAACUACCUGCGUCAGAACAAACCCGGUAUCAGGGCAUGGAACCUGGGUUCUGGCCGUGGAAGCACAGUUUUCGAGAUCAUCAAGGCUUUCAGCAAGGUUGUCGGUCGGGAUUUGCCUUACGAGGUUGUGCCACGCCGACAGGGUGAUGUCCUGGAUCUGACGGCCAACCCCAAACGCGCAAACGAGGAGCUCAACUGGAAGACAGAGCUCACUAUGGAGCAAGCAUGUGACGAUUUGUGGCGCUGGGUGUCCAACAACCCCAAGGGUUAUCGACAGGAGCCGCCUGCAGAGUUGCUGUCUGCUGUCAAGGCCAAGACAUCAUAAGUUUGCAGUACAUGGCAUAAUUUGCGUGGAAGCUUUGAUGGAAAAGACCAGGACAAAACUGCAGUUUUAUUGUGCAUAGCACCUUAUAGAUAAAGCCAUUAUACCCACACGGCAGUUCGAUUCCCAUAACCGGACGUAUAGUUACAGUGUGUCUAAUCGCACCGAUUUGACCGCUCAUUACCGGUAAGUUGCUUAGUGAAGCAAAAAGUGCACGAGUUGUAUAAAUAUGAGUCUCAACCAAGGUCACCAGAAUAACGUGGUUUAUCUUGUAUUAUGCCGUUGGAC